ACAAACAGAAUAAGAGUUCAAAGUAAAGAGCCCUUGGUGUCUAGUGCACUAUGUAGUGAUGCUGCCUUCUGCUGGAGCCGCACUGCUCCACCGGCCCGUGCAGAGAUGGCGAGGAAACCCCGUGGACACGGCACUGCUUUUUCAUGACGGUGAGUUUCCCCUUUGAGUGUAUUAUAAUUUUGUGAUAAAAAUUUCAAGGAAAAAACACACACAACCUCCUUCCUCCCCUUCCUUCGGGGAGGGAAGAGCAAGCGUGGAGAGAGAAAAAUCUAUCUGAGACUGAGCAGCAAGGACAGUGAGGGAAAAAUAUAUGAGUGGGAGAGGGAGAAAGAAGAAGAAGGAGGAGGAGGAGGAGGAGGAGGGGGAGCAAAUUAAAAGUUGCCAAAUGGAGAUAUUGGGUUUCAAGAGGAGUGAGACAGGAGUAAGGGUUUGCCUCUUUUUCAAGUCGUCUUUAUGUGAUGCAAAUUCAAAUAAAUAUUUAUGCUUCGCCAACGAUUUGUUCUCCGUUCGGUUUUUCCUCGACGAAUUCAGCCGUUUCUUAAUAGGUGUUGGGAAGGUCCACGACGUCAAGAAGGCCAUCAACAACUCGGAUCACGAAAGACUCGCUUCACCAAACCUAAGACAUCCGUCGCAGUAUUAAACGAGCCGUCCGAUACCGAAUACGCGUUUCCUUUCGCCGCCCGUCCUGCUGCGCUGCUCGGCUGUCAAAGAUGCGCAAAUACGCCUUUUAGAAAGGCAUUUUCGAGACGUGCGAUAAAACGAGCCUCUCCAGCCUCGGUCUAUUUAUGGACAAAGUCCCUGUGUGUUUCUAGCUGUUACUUUCAGCGAGAUUAAGGCGGGUUUUGUGCGUCCUGCCCUUGCGCCAUGGAGAGCCUUUUUAGUCCACCCAGCCACCCUUGUUUGACAAGUGAAUCAGUAAAAUGCGUCGCCUUGCUUCAACAGGGUUUUACUCUGUAUUUUGAGGGGUUGCUGUUUUUCUACGUGUCUCUUUUCCGCCCCUUUGACUUAUCAGGCAAAGAGGAUAGAUAGUUUUUUUUUUCUGGUAGAGAGGAAGAAAUAAUAAAUCAUCUCCUCCCUCAUUUGGCUUGCUAAGUUGACUACAGCCUUAACGAAUAUAAGUGUUUAUAUAUCACAUCUCUAGUACAUAGUUUAGUUAAUAAAAAACGUUUUUUACAUGCAAAUUCAGGUUUUUAUAAAUAUAUUUUGAAGUUGUUUAUCAAGGACAUGUAAAAAGGCCGGAUUAACCUGUCAUACUUUUUUUCUUCACUACACUGCUUUAUGCUUAGACUUGCUAGUUAAAAACGUUACGUUUUAAACAUAACUAGCAUAUAUAAAUCCUAAUAUUAUUGACUAAUCUUAUAAUUCAUUCGCAUCCAUAGCCUAACAUUUAGACUGUCCUAUCAGUGUUUUUCUUUUUCUGUUCUUGUGUUUAUGCUGUUUAAUUAUGAAUUAGCCAUUUUCUGCAAGUUCAAGCUGUUUUUUAACAACCCGUUUGUUUUAAAACAAAGGCAGAAAUACAUAUCCAUCGAAUGCUGUUCAAACAUUUAAUCACUUUGGGAAAAACAGACAACGCAUUUCGUUCCCUCAACUAAUAUGUGUUUGUAACAGAAGCGAGUGAACAAUCAAACUGGCCAAACAUGUUUCACCCAUCCCCCACGGCUCUUCCUUUGUCACAUUUUCACACAUGAAUUUUCAAGUUGUUCACAUUUCUAUGGCAGCUUUACAAAAAUAUGAUAUGAAAUUACAGUCGAGUAGCAUUUUAACACUCCACAAGUCAUAACGCCCUUUUGUCUGUCGACUGUAGCGAGCAGUGGCGCAGUUUCAGUCAGCAGCCGCCAUUUUGAAGUCUCUAGGCUGCAGCAAAGAGUACAGCCAUUCUUUAUCACACAAAUGACUUAUGCAUUUUUAAACAUAAAUAUCAUAUUCGUGUUUAAAAACUGAAAUGAAUAUUAGACUUAUCAAAAAGUUUUACUUUUCAAAUGUGUUCUUAAACACUAAAAACAGUUUCCUAGCUGAUUAGGAUUAAAUUGUAUUUGGUGCUAAAUCAAACUAUUUCUUACUACACAAGAAUAUCAGCUAUAUACUUAUUUUUAUGUAUUUACUCUCCAUUGGGAAAGAAAGAGAAUAUACCAGAGGUGGUCACACCAUAAACACUAGAUCUAAAUUUCAGAUUCUUAAUUAAUUUCUGUUUGUCACAAUUUUUCGCAUUGCUAACCUAGAGAUAUGUCAAAAAUAUGGCAUAGAGGCCUGUAACUACAGAGAACAGUUCUUUGGCCUAUUAAUGUCAAAUAUUUGUAGUUAUUUAAUAGUAUACCUGAAGUCUCAUAUUACACCUGUCCCGAGAACGUUCUUUAUCAUCUGGUGCGCCUCGCAUGGCGGUCAAUAUUUUUUCUUCUUUUAUUUCAAUGAAAUUAAUGUACUAUGUUUUAGCUUGAUAAUGUUUUUUUGUUUAAUAUUUUGUAUUUUUAGGGGAUUCUAUGGUACUAAAUUAUAUGCAGUAGUUAUUAUCCAUUUAUUACCUGUGAACCACUUUUUGACCAUAGACCUGAAAAUGAAAUGUCAUAAAUCUUUAAUGCUUUGGAGCAUGGUUUGGUCUCUUUUUAAAGACAACAUAUGAUUAUUGCUGAAGUGAAAAAAAGUUAUCAGUUUAAGUUUAUUGUUAUAAAAGAAAAUGUACAAAAAUACUAUUUUUAAAUUCUAUAUGAAAUAUAUAUUUUCCAAAACAUUUUUUACUUUAAAACUGUGAGAAAAUCAAAGCCAUAAAUCUAAACAUGUUGUGUUCCAAAUUUGAGAUCGAUAUCUGAAAAAAUGAGCUUUCAGUAAGAUUUUGUUUGGGUGCAGUGCCAAACGCUUCCACUAAAUUUGUUUCCCCAUUCGUAUCCAGUGCUGUCAUUUUUGAUAAAAAUUGUUUCCAAUGCUGUCAUUCUUUUCAAAAAAUGCUGUCGUUUUUUAUAAAAAUUGACUUUUUUUUUUCAGGACAAAGUUAAUCUUUUCGAAACAUGUCUGUAAUAGUUUUUUUGUGUUCACAUAGCAAGUGCCAAAACCUUUACUGAGUUUUGUACCAUUCUGAUGAAGUUCAAAAUUCUAAAAAACUAAAACAAAUUUUUUCUGUCAAAAAUGACCAAAAAGCACCAAACUUUUAACAAACUGUGGACCCUGACAUAUUACAAUGGUGUCAUGGAUGAUGAAGACGACCGCCGUCUUCUGGAUUUUUUAGGAGAUGUGCAAGCAUUGAAUGAGUAUCUUCAUGGUUCAAACAGUAAAUCUAUUGGAGAAGACGAUGUGACAAAUGCAGCAUUUGGGUCGGCCAGCUCAUUCUUCACCAGUGACACCAGUGGCUCCAAUGAAGAACUCAAAGAUGGUCACAAUCAUUUGGGAGAGUUUGGGGAGGCUGGUGGAGCUGAGCUUCAGCUCUCAAGCAGUCUUCCGUUCAUCGAGGAUGAGCUCGACGGUGGAUCCUCACCAGGUGGGGUCGAUCUCAGUGGCGAGGACCAACCAUUUGACAUCCUCCAGAAGUCAUUGCUGGAAGCAGAUAUCACAGAGCAGACAUUGGCUCAAGAAGCUCUUUUGGACUCCCAGCCAUCUCUCAUUCCCUCAGCUACCUCCUUCCCUCAGCAGCUGGUCUCUGGAGGGUUUGGAGGUGUCGCGGGUCCUGGUGUGGUGGCACCAUUGGCACAACCUCAGGCUUUUAUCCAGCAGGUUCCCCAACUACCCUUGCCAAAUGGCCCAGCUGGACACAUCCAGGUAGUGGGAUCCUUCAAUGGCAGUGCCUCCUCUAUGAUGACUAUCAACAGUUUGGAACAGCCUCAGAUCCUGUUGAGGCAGAGCGGAAAUGUUGUGACAAACAACAGCGGGCAGGGUACCAUGUUCACCCCCUCCGCAGCUGGUCAGGUGUCAAUGUCUUUCAAUAAAGGAGCAAUACCACUUCAGAAUAUUAUCAUCCAGAGAGGCCCUACGCAACAGGCAUUGAUUAGACCGAUUCAACCUAAACCCUUACAGACAGGGGGACAAACUGUAUACAACAUCAGCAACAUCGGGCUUCAACCUAGCACCACAGCUGCGAAUUUAGUCAGUAGCCCCUACACAGCCUCCGGCUCUCCUCAGUCUACUCAACAGGUGAAAGUGGUCAAUCCAGCCAGCAGCAUUGUAAUGCAUUCACCGCUGGGGCAACAAGUGCAACCACAGUCCCAGUCCAAUCUGCCUCAGGGGCAGUUUUUGCUACCCAGUUCUAUUUCCCUAACCCCUGGUACGACUGUUCACAGCUUCCAGGCUGUGAAUGGGCAGGUGUUACAAACAAACACUCAAAUGGGUGACCCAGCGUCAAUGUGCACUACCACCUACUCCAUCCUCACCAAUCAGAACACAACAGUACAGCUUAUCGCUGGGCAGAACCUUUCAGCUGGAGGGCAGCUAAUAGUCAAUCAAGGUUUGGUCAGUGGAGGUCAAAUAGGCCAAGCUUCACCCACACCUGUUGUGCAGGUGUCUCAAAGGCCUGGUGCCAUGGCCAAAGUUUGGAAUGCCAGCGCGUCGCCUAGCCCAACCCCUGUACAGACGUCCCAGACUUCAAGCCACCUCACCAUGGUCAGUUCUGGUGUUCAGGGCCCACAGGUUUGUCAGCAGUUAUCUGUGAGCCCAGGACAGCAUCUCCUUAUGCCCAUGGGCCAGAAUGCUCCAGCUGCUUCUGGCGUUUCGGAGUUUCAAGUCUCUCUAAACCAGGACACAGCAGCACAAAGAGGGCAAACACAAUUAAUUAAUCUCCUUGGUACCAAAGCUGUGAAAACGCUCACUCCUGCCAGUCAGGAAUUGCCUCUCACACCGAAGCGACCUGCAACUCAGCAACUUACUAGAGGAGGAAUGGUCCUCCAGCAGUUAAGACAGGAUCACAAUAGAGUCUUGUCUUCAGAGCGGACACCCUUCACUUCAUUAAAUGAUGGCAUUGAAAGAUUACUGCCCUAUCAUGUUUUCCAAGGCUCACCACCACGAGAUGAAGAUUUCGCCAAAGUUGAUGAGGAGUUUGAAGCAGUUGCCACACAAGUGCUAACCAGAACGCAGGCCAUGGUGAACAAAUACAGGCGCCUACUCAUGGUGGAAGCAGAGAGGUCUAGCCCUUCAUCAGAAAUGGUGAUGAUUGACAGGACUUUUAACCAAGAGGAAAGGGGCAACUUGACCCAAGACAAACGAAUGGUGUUAGUGGAUCCAGAUAGCUUCCUGGAAGAGUUCUGCUGUGGCCCUAAACUAAGGAUCCCAAGUCCUAAAGUCUUGACCCCAGCCACCAAUGAGGGCAGUCCCAGCAUAAUGGAAACAUCCCCAAGGCAUUCCAUAAGUCUCACCAUAAAAGAUGGGCAGGUUAUGAACAGCCACACAGAACCUGCUUAUAGGACAGAAUCUCAACAACAAGGAAUGGAAGAACACAGAAGAUCUCCCAUCAAGUGCAUCCUGGACCUAAAAAAAAAGAAAUCCAUCAACCUAAUCAGCAGCAACAGUCAACAUGCUCACUACCCUACAUCUCCCAGCCAAUCACAGCAUAGCUCUGCCCAAGGCUACCCUUCGAGCCUGGGGCGGAGCCACGAAGAACAACUUCCCUCAGAUCAUAGUCACACGUCAUUGGCUGACACAGACUCUGUGCUCGAGGCUGCCGUGAAUAGCAUCUUAGAAUGUUAGACAGUGCCAUAUUUAUGUUUGUUAGUUGUUCCAUGUUAAUCUCAUUUCAUUUCAUGCCAUGUGUGUGCGAGCUGAACUCCACGGCAUGUGUGAACGGACGUACGUUGGCAUUAUCACGGUUUGAAAUGCACACAGCAGCUCUGACUAUGUUGAGGAACAGGAAGUCGAAUCUAAAGAUAGUGAUACUCUAAUACUGUGCCUGUUCUAGAGAAGUUUACAUACGAAAAGCCUUUUUGACAAUGCUUUACAGGAUACACUUGCAAUCACACACACACAUAUGCACGCACACACACACACACACACACACACACACACACACACACACACACAAUAUCAAGCAGUAAGUAAGUGUGAUGUUUGGAAUGUCAAGAGUAGACAUUAAUAUUUGUAGCGUAUCGAUCAAUAUCAGACACUUAGUCUAAUAGUCUGUCCGCACUUAAGGUUUUAUGGUUGUCUCAACACUUAUGUUGUAUCAUUGCAGUAGACUUUGACCAAGUGAGGCACACAAACACACCUGCGCAUUUAAUUGUUUUUAAACAUGGGUUGUGCUCUUUUUUUGUUUGUUUACUUUUGUUUUUGCGAUUAGUUUUGUACCUUACAGGUAUGUUACCUCUCCACAGAGACAAAACUGUGUGGUUUUGUGCAGUGGAAAGUUAAGUCCUCAGAUUGAGGUUACAAUGUUACAUGAUGUUUAUCUUUUUUGUUUAAUUCAUUUUUUGAAAUGAUGCAUUAUAUAUAUAUUUUUUUUUGAAGUCUGUGCUGCUCCCUGUCUGGAGAAAAUAUGUGCUGUUUUGCACUUUAAGUUAAUAUUUCAAAGAACCCACAUAGGUGAAUCUCAUGAAAACAUCGCAUUUUAACCCAAAAUCAAUGGAAAUAAAAAAGAAAUAAUAUUUUGCAAAAAGAAAAGGAAACCCGUUAAGCACAGUUUCAUCACAAUUACAUAUUUUUAAAUUAAUUCUAAAUUCUUAUUACAUUUUAAAAAGAUUUCUUCUUUCUUUAGUAAAGUAUGUUAUAUAUUUUUUACAUUUAAAUAUGUGAAUUUAAGCCAGUGCAACAAUCACUACCAAUAUUUACAGUACAGUUGAGAUAAUUGUUUUUUGUCACAUUAUCACAAAUUAGACUACAACAGGCUUAAUUUCUCUGAGCAAAAUAUGAUUCCUUAUUUCUUUCCUUUUGAUUUUGGGAUUUUUCUGAGAUUUACCCACAUUUUCCCUUGUGCGUUGAGUCCCCUGCUGGUCAGGCUGUAGUCUUGGCAGUCAGUUUGCAGUUUCUGCCUCUAGUGGCAGCUUAUAUUUGCACAUGUGGACGUGACCUCCUACUUUAUAGAUAGCCAUGAUAACCGCUUUCACAGCCCCUCUGCAGAUCACUUCUCUCAUUUGCAGUUUUAAAUUGGUGAAGCUGAAGUAGCGAUGUCACAGCACAUCAGGAUUUUCAUUCAUUAUUGGUAUAUAGGAAAUGGCUGUUUACUGAGAUAAUGUAGUUUGGUUGGAGGACAGGCCCACAUUUCAACAACCCAUUUUGAGAAAUCAUUUCUAAAGAAAUUCAGUUUUGUUUUAUAGACUAGAACCUGUAUUAACUGUGCCAUUACAGGGCUUUGUCAGCUUCAACGAUGGGAGUUUGACCAAGGCUAUUUCAAAAACUGACCAGGGGAGCGUUUCCCAAAGCCAGCUAUGGUCGCAAGUUCCGUUGUUAUCGACAGAGUUCAGAGGAAAUUGCGACCAUAGCUGGCUAGCGACGCUUUUGGUGAAACGCACCCCAAAGCAGAGAAACUGCAGUGUGCGGACAUUUUCACAAGUCUGCGUUUCCAUUAGCAUCCAUUCCAGAGCCGAAGGGAAGGUUGCUUGUUUUCAUCUAUACAUGUCAUCCCAUUGUUUUUACAUCAUUAACACUAAACACCACUGUCUUUCCCAGCAGUUCAACCAAAAAUGACAGACAGACAGAAAAAAAAAAAAAAAAAAAAAAAAAUUCUUCUCUCUGAUCUGAGCUCUAGUGGUCGGUGUAAGGGAGCAUUAUGAAAGACCUUCACUUCGAAGGGCUUCUUUGCCUUAGGACAGAGCGAGUGAAAACAAGUUUAAAUAGUCUAUCAUUUGUUUUUACUGGUUUUUGUUGUGCGAGUGUGGCCUUCAGUUAUCGUAAUACCCCAUGGUAAAAGUUGCUUUUAUCGUUUUAUUUUCUGCAUCACCUAAAACUUGAUUUGUAAUGUUUGUAUUACAAAAAAUAAAAACAUGAAACACAAAAUAUUUAUACUUUUUGUAAAGAAAAAGAAUGUAAAACAAAAAAGUUAUUUUUAUUAUGUUAGGUGUACACGUCAUACUGUAUGUGGUCAGUUCAUGAUUUGAUGUUUUUGUGAGUGUUCAUUACAACAGCAGAGAUAAAUAUUAAAUUCAUUUUGAAUACAGCCAA